AAGCAUUUUAUUCAAACACCACAAUGUUGCAGACUUUAUUUAGUACAUGUGCUACAUUUAUUUUUUUCUCCAUCUAAAAUAUUUUUCUGGCAAAAACAAACAAAAGGCAACAUAAUAAUCAGCUUAUGACGUUGGGAAAGUUUGAUUGCAAACUAACAAUUUCUGGCUUCAAGGUCUAAACUUUUGCUUUAUAAGCACAAGACUCACUCUCACCACACAAUAGGACAAAGACAUAAUCUUUGGCUUCAAACUUUCAAAUCUUACUAGAUUUAAUUUCAGCCAUAUGUUAAAGAAACUUCAAGGUGAGUGGAUCAUUACUUUGAAGAUUAAGGAGGAUUCAUCGACACUACAGACUUUUAUAUGUUUAUCUUAAUUUUUAUUUUGGUUUUUUAGACUUCUAGUCAGCUAAUGAUGGAUCUGAAAUUGUGGCUCUCAUUUCUGAUGGUUUGUGGUAAGCUUAGCCUUAAAAUGACAAUUCAUGGAAUAUCAUCAUUCUAUCACUGUCUACUUGCUACAAACGUAUUCUUGCUUUUGUGCUUUAUUGCAGCGAUGGCUGAAUCUCAUAUCUUGCACAAGGACUGGCUCAUAGAUGUGCCAUCCAGAAUCCCUGUUCUUCAAAGCUCAUGUGUGGUCAUUCCCUGCGUUUACUUGUAUCCCAAGUCAAGAAAAAUAUUGAACAGAUGGCGGGGAUUCUGGAAGAGAGGGGACACGAUUGUUGCAUCAAAUUUCCUCAAUUUGAGACUAGGGAAUGAGUUCCACCAUCGAUCCAGAAUUACAGGAACCCUUCAAAGCGGCAACUGCACCUGGCAGCUGUAUGGCGUCAGAGAAACUGACACUGGUCCGUUUUACUUCAGAAUUGAAAUUCCACAACAUAAAAGCUUCACUUUCUCAAAAAAUAAGGUGACCCUGGAUGUCUUCCGAGUUCCUAAGCCUCCCACCAUGUCUGUUGCAGUCCAAGAUCAAGUGACUGCCACCUGCAAAGUUACUCAUGUCUGUCCAUCAUCUCCUCCCAAAUUCUCCUGGAGCCACUCUGGAAUAAGGAAAACAAGGUCAAAAAAGGAAAAUAAAUGGUUGUGGUCAACAACGUCGACCCUCACCUUUACCCCUCAAGAAGCCGACUUCAACAUGCCUUUAAACUGUACGGUGACAUUCCCUGGCAAGAAGACUACAGUGGGCUCUGUGCUUCUCAUCAAGAAGAGUACCAAGUGAAUCUAAAUAUGGAGUACUAGAUUAGAGCAAUAUUUUUAGUGCUAUCUGCCAUGAUGGCAAAGUGAUCUUGCAGAAAAAGGCCUGAAAUAGUAAAACUA